UCACUGUAAACCAAAAUAUGUCAUUCAGCUUUCUUUUAUUUUGAAAUACAACAAACCAAGUGCAGAGUUCAAGGAUAUCAUUUAAAAAAGAAAAAAAGAGAGCGAUAAAGAAACAUGCUGAGGUUUCAGAUUAAAAAAAAAAGUGAAAUAAAAACAGGAAGUGGCUUUAUCUAAAAAGAAACGUAUGUACUGACUGCAGAUGUGCAAAAAAAACAGUUAAUAUCAACAUUCAUAAAUGUUUCAAAAACGUUAAAAACGAGGUUUAACUUCUUUUCAUUGACUGACCCGCCCCCCUCGCCUCGUGUUGCCAUAGUAACGCGACAACAGAGACGGAGGACAGAGCAGCGGAGGAAAACCGGGUCAGACCCGUAAUGACAGCAAUAUUACUUUUAUUCAAAUAUAAAGCAUCAAAAUAAAAAAAGAAAAAGUAAUCAACAAACUGAAGUAAAACUGCAGAACUGAGAACCGUGUUCAUUCAGCCGUUUGUGGCGACCGAUGAUGGAUAGACCGCAGUACUUCACGCCCGCCGAGGUGGCGGCCCACAACACGGCCGACGACCUGUGGGUGUCGUUUCUGGGCAAAGUGUGCGACCUGACCCCACUGAUGACCCAGUUCAAAGGUGAUGUUCUGCUCUUACCCAUCAUGGAGUGUGCGGGGAAGGACAUCAGCCACUGGUUCGACCCUAAAACCAAAGACGUGCUCAAACACGUGGAUCCACUCACUAACUGCGUGAGGUACUUCACCCCCAGGGGGCGCUUUUUGCACGUCCCACCUGCCGGCCCUCGCUCCGACUGGGCCAACAACAUCGGUCAGCCCUGGUGGACGGACCGACAGUACGAGGUAGGACGUCUGACGGCCAAAGCCAGGUGGAUACGAGUCGUCAACACGCUGACGUCGCAGGAGCAGCGGCUGCAGGUGUGUUCGGAGGAGACGUUGGCUGAAAUCCUCCAGCGCUACCUACGCUACAACUCCCACGCCCGGAGUUACACCUGGAAGUACAACGGGUCGAGUUUGUCCAUGAGCAGGACGCUGGACGAGAACGACGUCCCCGACGACGACCAGAGGCUGGAGCAGCUGCGGCUGGACCGCGACCUCUUCAUCCCCGCCCUCCUCCUCCACUUCAACGACGACCUCACAGAGGAAUGACCUUCGAUGUGGGGUCACGAGGUCACACCUAAAACUUGACACUGAACUCAUGUGCAGCGGUGACGGGAUUUAAGCGGCGAUUGACUACCUGACAAUGAGUUUGUGCUUGAUCAGUCGUGAGUCCGACAUCUCAGAGAUCUCCUCUGGGCAGCUCCAUUCAUUUUCAAUGGGAGAACAAUUCAUACCCGAAUGAUCGGAAUUAACCGGAAAAUACAGGGGUUGAAAUGGACAACAAUGACUCAGCAUUCACACAUUAUUUACACAUUAUUUCACUGAUCCAUACAUACAUCUGUAAUGUUAUCAUCAAUUAAUGUGAAAAUAUAUGACUUGAUAUGCAAACACGGAAUAAUCUGUGACAUUUUCUUUGUAAAGGAAAAAUAAAUAAAUAAUUUAAAACUUAGGAUACGAUACGAUAACUAACAAAGCAUCAACAGUGUCCAUUUCAAAAACUUCGAUAAAUUAUUUUAAUUAGAUUAAUUAGAACCUAAAAGAACGAAAGAAAAUGUGUUAAAUGACAGGAGAAUAAACUCUUUAAUAAGUUAAAUAAGUCAAAAAUCAUAGACAGAUGAGGAUUCAUGCUGCUCUCUGGUCAAACACGAUUUCUGUUCAUUCUCAGUGGGAAAAGACAAACAUCUAGUAAUUUCAAAAAGCCAUAUACAAGUUUACACGCGUCCUCUACAAGUCGUAUAGAAUAAAAAGUCCUAGCACACAUGUUUGUAAACUACAAAGACAAAUCUAACCCAAAUAACCCUCAGAGGGUUCAGUUAGAGGAAGCAUGGACGAUUGAAUCAGUUCCUCCACUAACGCUUUCUUCAGAGUAAAGGGGAAGUUCUGCGGAACCUCCCAGAAUGUUACUGAGAAAAUAGGAAAAAUGUCAUAAGAUGGUGAAACGAUGCACAUUUGACCUGAUGAGUGGACAUUUUCAUGGAAGGCGGAGCGGAUGACCUGCAGAAAAGUUUACGUUUCUUUCUUUUUUCGACAUUUAUUUUCU